AAAGUUGUAACUUCAUGAUCAAGAAGACCAUAUAAAAUUUCAUACUCAGACUAGCCCACCCUCCCAAAUUGUGCCAAAUUCAUCAGCAAUCUUCUUCGUCAAGAGCCGUCAAUCGAAUUCUAAGAUAUGGGGAAGGACUCCAAACCAAAGGACUCAGGAGGUAAGGGUAAGGGAAAACAGGCAGCUGGUGGAAGUGACGACAGUGCUUCCAAGGGUAAAGGGAAAGCUGGAAAAGCAGAUGGCCUUGGAACAUGUACAUAUGUCAAAGCGAGGCAUAUCUUAUGUGAGAAGCAAGGGAAGAUUAAUGAAGCUUACAAAAAGCUACAAGAUGGCUGGCUUAGCAACGGAGAUAAGGUUCCACCAGCUGAGUUUGCUAAGCUAGCAGCAGAGUAUUCAGAAUGUCCAUCAGGGAAGAAGGGUGGGGACCUGGGAUGGUUUCCACGUGGCAAGAUGGCUGGCCCAUUUCAGGAAGUUGCCUUUAACACACCUGUUGGAGUUACCAGUGCACCUUUCAAAUCAACGCAUGGCUACCACAUCAUUUUGUCUGAAGGGAGGAAGAACUGAGACACUCUAGCAUUCCAAUGGAGGCUAUGUCAUAUGUUGGCCAUGGAAAUGGAAGUAGUUUUAUUUGUAUCUGUCUGAUACUUGGCCUAGUAAUGUCAUAAUAUGUGGAACACCAGUGGUUGAACGAUGCUGACUCAUUUGAGAUAUAUGUUUAUUUUGUGAUUAUUGUAGAAGUUACUGUGCAUUCUGGUUUGUAUUUUUUGUCCACGUGCAAAUCGACUUGGGAUUCAUUGGUUUUUUUUUUUUUUUGGGGGG